GUGCACGAGCACGCGCUCCCAGCAGCCUUUGCUGUUUCUCUCGCUUAUCCGAUUGGUGGAAUUUGAAAAUAAGUACGCGCGACAGUUUGGGAGAUGAGACAACACAAAUAAAACACAGCAACGAAGUCAAAAACAGUAUAACACACACUUUAUCUUUUGACAGCCCUUGUUUCUUUAUAGCAGGAUGAUGGAGUCAGGGCUGAAGGGUGAUGCGGCAAGACCAGAGAUGAUAGUUGUGGAAGAUAUAAGAAAAAAUCUGUCCUCAGAGUUCAACGACUGUUCAAUUUUCCAGGACCCGUCUGACCUUGAGAAGGAACAUUUGAAGGUGUACCUUAGAAUAAGACCAUUUUCAGCUGCUGAGAUUACAAAUGGAGAAUCACAGGACUGUGUGGCCAUUCAGCCUCCAGAGACUGUGCUUCUCAAAGCUCCACGAUCAUCUCUCUCUGCCAGGCUUAGUGAUAAAUCAGUGCCAGUUACAGCUCAGCGUUUCCAGUUCUCUAAGGUUUAUGGUCCAGACACUACACAGAAGGAUAUGUUUGAUGGCACAGUGAAGGAUCUUGUAAAGAAUGUGCUAGAGGGACAAAAUUCUCUGGUCUUUACAUACGGUGUCACCAAUGCUGGGAAGACCUUCACAUUUUUAGGUCCAGAUACUGAUCCAGGCGUCUUGCCCCGUUCCCUCAACAUGAUCUUCAGUAGUCUGGAUGGUCGCAUCUUCACUCAGAUGUGCCUGAAACCCCAAAGGUGCCGGGAUUUCAUCAGACUCACCAAAGAACAGCAAAAUGAGGAAGCAGCUGGCAAACGCAACCUGCUCAAGCUUUUCAAAGAGACUGAUGCGCAGAAGAAUAUGUCUUGCCACAGCUCGAAGUCUGAUCUUGAAGAAGGUUCCUCUCUCUGUGAUAUAAGCUCUGCAGUGAAUGAGAGGAGUUUGACUAUGGAUAUGGAUAUGCACACUAAGUUUUCUAUUUGGGUCUCGUUCUGCGAGAUCUACAAUGAGAACAUCCACGACUUGCUAGAACAGCAUGCGAGCAAUGCUUCACGGAGAACCAACCUCCGCCUUUGUCAAGACGUCAAAGGAAAUUCAUUCAUCAAAGAUCUGAAAUGGGUUCAGGUGAGCAGUGCUGAUGAAGCCUUAAAAGUGAUGAAACUGGGCAAAAGGAAUCAGAGCAUCUCCAGCACUAAACUCAACCUGCUCUCUAGCAGGAGCCACAGUAUAUUCUCAGUCCGGAUCCUAAAAGUGGAAGAUGUGGGAAUACCCAGGGUGGAGUCAGUCAGCGAGCUGGCGCUGUGUGAUCUGGCCGGAUCAGAGCGAUGUGCUAAGACACAAAAUAAAGGUGAACGGCUGAAAGAGGCGGGAAACAUCAACACCUCUCUGCUCAGCCUGGGAAAAUGCAUCAAUGCACUCAGAAAUAACCAACAGGCCAGACAGCACGUUCCAUUCAGAGAGAGUAAACUCACUCACUAUCUGCAGGGCUACUUUACGGGCCGGGGUAAAGCCUGUAUGAUCGUAAACAUUAACCAGUGUGCCUCCAUGUAUGAUGAGACACUCAAUGUCCUCAAGUUCUCUGCUGUAGCUCAAAAGGUGGUGGUCCUCACCACUAAGAGUGCUCCAGUGGUGGUGAAAAGGAGUGCUAGAGAGGUGUCAUUCAUUAUCAACAACGUUGAUCGCCGGGAAAUGCGACGCAGCUCACUGGUACAAUGGGAUACAAGCCUUGAGGAUGUUAAGGAAGAUUCUGACACUGAGGAAGGGGAGGAUGAAGAUGGGAGUGAAAUGCAAGACACCAUACUGGAUGCUGAGGAAGAAGGGAAAGAGACUGUACUGCUCGAUAAAGAGGUUUAUGAGGCCCAGCUGCAGUUUAUAGAGGAGAUUCAGCAGCAGUUGAGGAAGGAGAAAGCCGAACACUUAGCUCUCGAGGCACGUGUUCGAGAUGAAGUUACAAAAGAAUUCUCUGAGCUGAUUUCCCAGAUGCAGGAAGAUUACAGUGAGCGUAUAUCCAGAGAGAGAGAGCUGAUUGAAGAACGGUGUGAACGGAGACUGGAGAUUUUCAAAAACUUGGUGGGAAAAACAGCUGUGGAGGACGACAGCAUGGUUUUAGCUGCGUCAAAAUCAGAGGAGGAGAACCAUGUCUCUCUAGACAGCAUGCUUGACUCUAUGAGCAAUGACCUGGCUGAAAUCAGACAGGAUGCCCAGGCUGCCCAGUCUUGCUUGGUGACCUCUAACCCUAGAGACUCUUCAACGCUGCAUGACCUUGAGAACAAGGUCACAGAACUUUCAGAACUGCUCAGUGAAACUCAGAAUCAGCUGUCACUCAAAUCAAAGGAGCUGGAAACCCAGAGCCGACUGUCAGGUGAACUGGAGGAAGUGAAGAAGGCUCUGGAGAGCCACAGGCAAAGGGAAUGGGAUCUGAGUGAAAUGUGCAGACAGAAGGAUGAGAUGGUUUCUAAACUCCAGACAGCUCUUGACCAACAUGUAGAAAACACGGCUCAGGAUAGAACACAAAUCGACUCCAUCAAAAAGGAGAUCAUCCAGCUUAAACGCAAUUGUACCUGCUCACAGCAGCGGCCCAGCUUACAGACUGAAACCAGAAAGCGGCGUCAGGAAGGGGAGGGCCUUGAUGGACAGCCCCCACUCAAGAAAGGUCCCCUGGAGGACUUAAAAGUCCAAGAUGGUGUUGCAGAUAAUGGGUAUCAAGACUCCGCCCUUCUUGAGGUCAAAGGUCAGCUGGAGUGUUGCCUUGCUGAAUCCAAACAAAAAGACAAGCAGAUCACAGAUCUGGAGCAGGAAUGCCACACAUUAGAAGUUUGCAUACAGGAUCUGAAAUCUAAACUGGAAGAAAGAGUUUCACAGGAUCAUAUUCUACCAGAGAAGCUGUUUCAGACAUCCUUGGAAACCAAACCUGUGGCAACGGCCAUGGAUUGCAGGAAUUUGAAGGUAGAAGUUGUGUCCAGAUAUAGCAACACUACAGAACUUUUAAAAGAUGUGUAUCAAGAACUUUCUGCUGCCAAAUCACAAAUGGCUAAGCAAGAUCAUGAACUGGGAGAAAAGAACAAACACAUCUUGACUCUUGAACAGGAAAUUACACUUCUGAAACAAGAAGCAGAAAGCUUUGCUUUGCUUCAGUCUAAAAACACAUCAGCUGACUAUGAUGACCUCAAAAAAGUCAACACUGAAUUGCAGGCUAAGGUCGCCACCCUUUAUGGUGUCAAAGCUGAACUAGAGGAGAAGGUCAGAUGUCUUCAGAAAGAGGAGGAGGAGGAAGAUACUUCACUUCUGUCUAAAGAGCAGGGGCUUAAAGAUGGGGAGGUGGGGCUGACAAACCCUAACACUCCUCUUGGAUCUAAAAGCAGGAAGAUCGAUAGCAAAAUAAAUAUGCUGUCUGAAAAGGAGGCUGAACUUGCACAGAAGGAGAAAGCUCUAGCAUCAAAAGAGGGUCAGCUUUCAGUGCUGCAGAAAAGUUUGAAGGAAGCGCAGGAUCGUCUGGAGGAGGAGGAGACACAAGCGGUGCAAGAGGCUCGCAGGAGGGAGGUGGAGAGAAGGAGAGAGCUUCUGGCUGUGGCAGAGGAGGCCAUCGCUCAGAAAGAUGCAGAGCUACAGAAGAGACAAGAAGAGAUCAACCGGUUAAAGGAGGAGAUUAAAACUAGCGAGUGUAAGAUGAGCAGUCUAGCUGUUGAUCUGCGCAGAAGGGAAGAUGAUUCAUCAGAUCUUCGGGAAAAACUCUGUGACUCAAAGAAACAGAUUCAGCAGGUCCAGAAAGAGAUCUCCUCCAUGCGAGAUUCUGAGAAAUCUCUACGACUGAAGCUCAGUGAUCUAGAAAAGACGAAAGCGCAGCUCCAGAAGGAGAUCGCCAACAGGGACCGCAUCAUCAACCAGCUGAAAGCUGAACGAUCCUCUGAAUCUAAGUCAGAUGAGAAUCUGCUGCUCUAUCAGAAAACAUGCAAAGAUUUGCAAGAGCGUGAGCGUGUUAUUGAAGACAUGCGUUUAGCUCUGACAGAACAGGAGGAAACACAGACACAGCUGGACCUGGAGCUGGACAACAGAGAGACUCAGAUAAAUGAGCUCACUCAGGAAUUGGUGAGGUUGAGAGAAAUUCUCCCUGCACAGAGGAACAGGAGAGAUUCUAGACCCAUCUCUGAUGACAUUUUACAGGCCAGACAACAGACCACUCAGGCCCAGGAGAGCUUACAGCUAGCCAAUGAGAAGCACCAGGCAGAGCGCAGGAAGUGGAUGGAGGAGAAGUUGGUUCUGAUUGGUCAGGCUAAAGAGGCUGAGGAGAGGAGGAACCAAGACAUGAGACGAUUCGCUGAUGAUCGAGAACGGCAUGCCCGCCAACAGGCUGAAAUGGAGUCUCUGGCCACACGUCUUGCUGCUCGUGAAGAAGAGAUGGAAAGCUGGAGAAAAGAGAGAGACACACUUGUCUCAGCUCUAGAGGUUCAGCUGAAGAAACUCAUCACAUCCAAUGCAGAGAAAGACCAACAGAUCAAGAUCCUACAGUCCAGUAACACCCCCCAAACACCAGAGGAGGUCACUGAGGACAGCAGGACUGAGGCACUGCAGGGAGAGCUGGCUGCAAAGGACGCAGAGAUCCAGAAACUGAAGGAACAGCUCAGUGUCAGUGUCAUAGACAGCAGACUUCACAGAAACUCAUCUACCCAGACGAUGGAAGAAGAACUGUUUGAUGUCAAGCCUCUGAACACCAGUACGCUCAAACAAAUGAGCACAACCAGAGGAUCUGUCACCAGUCAGAGUUCAUCCGCUAGCUUUCCGAUGGUGCUAGAUUCAUCAGAGAUCUCCACGGAAACAGGCAGACGUUCCAGGUUUCCACGGCCUGAGCUGGAAAUUUCCUUCAGCCCCCUGCAGCCGGAUCGUUUUGCUCUCAAGCGGCAGGGAGAAGACUCUGCCGUUACUGUUAAAAUCUCCCGACCCACACGCAAGAGGAAGAGCGGGGAGAUGGAGAAGCAGAAAGGAGGCAGGAGCAGCAUGGUGAAAAAGAAAGCUUUCUCUGAACCCAAUCCUCAGGAUGGGGUGGAAAGUGAGAACAUUAGGAAUACAAGGAGUAGAAUGACUCCUCGCCUAACACCUCAUCAGGAAGAGCCCUCAAACUCCCAGGAGUCAAACCAAAGAGGGAAAAAAGACAAAACGAUCCAGAAGAUUGGAGAUUUUCUUCAGGGCUCUCCCACCUUUCUUGGGAGUAAAGCAAAGAGGAUCAUGGGAUUGAUGAGCGGGAAGUCUCCUGAUGGCGGGUCGAUGUCUCUAAAACUUAAAUCCAAACGUGACAAACGAAAACACGACAGACCAGACAUCUCCUCCCCAAUGGACAUACCGGCCCAUCAGAUCAUUGGCCGAAAUCCAAGGGAGAAAGAGAGUGAAAACCUUAUCAAGAAACGUCUUCGUACUAGGACUGCUAAAUGAACUGGAAGGAAAUGUUUUUUUUUUUUUUUUUUUUUUGUAUUUUUGUAUUUUAAAUCAAACCAAUCUUUAUCUACUUUUUUCUUUUGUUUUUUCUUAAUCUGAUGCACUUUUCAUACACAAUAUCUGUUGAUUAUUAGUUAAAUUCUCUUUUUAUCAAAUAUGGCACAUAAUAUAUUAUCCUGAAAAUGUAACUAACACUAGUGCCGCUUUUAAUGGCAAGUUGAAAUGGACAGAUUUCAUCAUAUAUGGAGGAAUUAACAAAUUUUUGCUGCUAGAGUUAGAAUGAAAGUUCAGAAAUCACUACUGCACAUUUCUGACACAAGGUUUCACUGUAUAUUUAAACUACGGUUAUUUGUUUACAUGGUGCUUAUACUCCCUGCAAAUGAAUGCAAAGCUGUUGUUUCCCUCAAACAACAUUCUGUUUUUCAAGAUAUAAAAAUGCACACAUGCAAAAUAUAGCACAAAGUAAAAGUUUAUCGGUUUUGUGGGGGUUGUCAACAUUUUUUGUUUCUGUAUUUAUAACCCUGUCACAAACCAUUAAUACGUGCCACUCACAAUACUCUACAUUACCACGUCAGUAAAACUGUGCCAGAUGCCUAAUGAAACUGAA